CGUCAUUAUAAAAAUAACAAAUAGUGAUUAGCAGCCUAAGCUUGUAGUCUUGUAGAGUCAGCUAUAAAAGGCCCUUUGACCGGGUUUCCCCCCAUCUUAUCCUUUUUCAUGAUAAAUUCGACGGCCGCCGCUAGACGAUGACAGUAUCCACGGCGAAGCUCCCGGUCAUAGACCUCUCUUCUCCCGAUCGCUUAUCCACUGCCAAUUCAAUCCGUCAGGCAUGCGUCGACUACGGCUUCUUCUACCUCGCGAAUCACGGAGUGGAAGAAGAACUGAUCGAGAUGGCGUUCGAGGAGAGCCGCAAGUUCUUCUCGCUUCCGCUGGACGAGAAAAUGAAGCUGCCUCGCAAGGAACACAGAGGCUACUCUCCGUUGUACGCCGAGAAUCUCGAUCCGGACUCCAGUUCCAAAGGUGACUCGAAGGAAGCUUUCUACGUUGGUCCUGUACGUGGUUCCGGCAACAAAGCGGAGCUGAACCAGUGGCCUUCUCCAGGAAAUUUCAGAAGUUCUUCCUUCAUGGAGGUCGACAAUGGAGUCUUAUCAUGGAAAGGUCAUGUAAGUCAUGAUAUUGUUAAUCAGUUCCGAAUGAAUAUCUUCAUGCUUGCAAGAGUCUGUUCCUUUGGACUGGAAGGUGUGAGUAGUUUACCUGCUGCUGAUUACUGCCUCAGGUCAGCUGCAAGAAGACUAAUCUCCUUGAUUGCUCUGGCUUUGAAAUUGGAUGAAGAUUACUUUGUCAAGGUCGGAGCCCUGGAUGAUCCGGAAGGCUUUCUUCGUCUCUUACAUUAUCCUGGUGAACUGGGUUCUUCUGAUGAAGAACCAAUAUAUGGUGCUUCUGCACAUUCAGACUAUGGAAUGACCACUUUACUCUUAACUGAUGGUGUAGCAGGACUCCAGGCAUGUCCAUCUUACAGGGCUCUGCCUGAUAGCAGGUUUGUAGGGAGAAGUGGAGACAACCUAGGGUCUGGGAAGAUGUACCACAGAUACAUGGGUGAGUUCACAAUUGCUAAAAGAAUCUGUGCUUCAGUAUUGUGCUUCAUCGUUAACAUCGGAGACAUGAUGGAGAGGUGGACAAACUGCUUGUUCCGGUCCACCCUGCAUCGAGUGAUGCCAACUGGACAAGAACGCUACUCGAUGGCGUUCUUCAUGGAUCCUAAUCCAGAUUGCAUUGUCGAGUGUUUAGAGAGUUGUUGCAGCGAGUCUUGUCCUCCCAGGUUUCCUGCUAUACGGAGUGGCGAUUACUUCACUGAGCGGUUUAGGCUGACCUAUGACUAGUAUAGUGAAGGCUAAGCUGGCGUCUGCUUUGUAUUAUAUAUCAUCUGUUUUUUUUUUUUUCUUAUUCUCUCUGUUGUAAUUUUGUAAAAUGACAAAACAUAAAUUCCAAGGUUUGAAUCCGUGGUGAAUGUUAUUAUCCACACAUUCGCCGUCGGCGUCUUCGUCGGAUUAGGUUUCUGACGAGAUUGGCGGUGGUCCAGCCACCUUCUUCAUUUGCGACACCGGUGAGCGCGCUCUUGCCGGCAUCCUUCCUCCGUGGCGCAGAAUCAGAAUAUACUUUUUUGUUUUGUUACCUCGAGUCAACAAUUCAAGUCUAAUGCUGGGCCUGACUGGAAUAUUACUUACGUGGAUCCGUCUUUAUGGACUGGGCCCAGCCCACUUUAAAGUUGGGCCUUUAGUCAAAGCC